CACUUCCGCCCUUCCUGAAGAUGGCGCCAGCGGAAGGCGCGGCGUGUAGCCGAGCGGUGAUGACGGCGUCGAGGCUGGAGCUGAACCUGGUCCGGCUGCUGUGCCGCUGCGAGGCGAUGGCAGCAGAGAAGCGGGACCCAGACGAGUGGCGUCUAGAGAAGUAUGUGGGGGCCCUGGAGGACAUGCUGCAGGCCCUGAAAGCCCAGGCCAGUAAACCUGCCUCAGAGGUGAUCAAUGAAUAUUCCCGCAAAGUGGAUUUUCUGAAGGGCAUGCUGCAGGCAGAGAAGCUGACCUCCUCCUCAGAGAAGGCGUUAGCCAACCAGUUCUUGGCCCCUGGGCGCAUGCCAACUACAGCCAGGGAGAGGGUGCCUGCCACCAAGACAGUACAUCUGCAGUCACGGGCACGAUACACCAGCGAGAUGCGGAGCGAGCUGCUAGGCACGGACUCUGAAAGAGAGCCCCAACUGGAUGUGAGGAAAAGAAUUGGGGUGUCAGGGCCCAGACCAGAGAAUGAGAAGCAGUCGGCAGCCGAGCUAGACCUUGUCCUGCAGAGACACCAGGACCUUCAGGAGAAGCUGGCAGAAGAGAUGUUAGGCUUGGCUCGGAGCCUCAAGACCAACACCCUGGCUGCCCAGAGUGUCAUCAAGAUGGACAACCAGACCCUUUCUCAUUCACUCAAGAUGGCUGACCAGAACCUGGAGAAACUAAAAACAGAAUCAGAGCGGCUGGAGCAGCACACGCAGAAGUCAGUUAACUGGCUUCUCUGGGCCAUGCUCAUUAUUGUCUGUUUCAUCUUCAUCAGCAUGAUCCUCUUCAUCCGCAUCAUGCCCAAACUCAAAUAAAGGCCUGGCCCAACUCACA